AGAAGAGGUUAUGUUACCGAAAAGACAACGAAAUCACAUCUCUUUCGGAUUCCUCCUCCUCAUCUUUCUUUCUUUUGUCAGUCUUCGACUUGAAGACACUCUCUAUUUCAAUCGUAAUCGUUAGUGACUGUUUCUGUUAUUGGGUAGUUGUUCUUUUGGGUUGCGUGAAGAGGAGGCGGCAGUAAUAGAGGCGUUUGUUGUUGGGUUGUUGAGAUUCGGAGUUUUGAUUGCCAAAAAUCGAGUCUUGAGUCCCAAAAUCGUUUGGUAUUGAUAUAAACGUCAAUUUUGUGAAGUGGGUUAAGGGAUCGGUUGGAAGUAAUGGAGAAUUCAGGAGAGCAAUCGCCGCAGAAGGUAGAGGAGGAAGUGGGCAGAGUGGUGGAGCAGGCAAAGGAGCUUCAGGACUCGGCGUCGACGUACAUAUCGAGGACCUUCAGCGAUGAGAAUUCUCUGCGGCAGCGGGCUCUCUCGCUCGAAUCCUCCAUCCGCCGCCUCCGUUCCCUCCUUGAUUCCAUCCUCUCCAGCAAGCUAAUCGAUCCCAAGCUCGCUGAGAAGCUCCACGAUGAUUUGCAGAGGGCUAGGUGUUUCCUCCAUGACGGUGAUGCCGCCGCUUUUCUUCCUUCCAAGCCUCAGGCUGCCUUUUUGAGAAUGUUUUUGGGUCCUAUCAAUGUGCGUGCCUCCCGCAAGGACGUCCAAUUGAAGGUCAAGGAGGAGUACAACAGUUACAGGGAUAGAACAGCGCUCUUGUUCCUUAUUUUUCCAGCAACUCUACUGAUUCUGAGAUCUUGGAUCUGGAAUGGUUGCUUUCCCACAUUCCCAGUUCAGUUGUACCAGGCGUGGUUGUUGUUCCUCUAUACUGGUUUGGCUUUGAGAGAGAACAUUUUGAGAGUUAAUGGAAGUGAUAUUCGUCCAUGGUGGAUAUACCAUCAUUAUUGUGCUAUGAUUAUGGCCCUUGUUAGCCUCACAUGGGAAAUUAAAGGGCAACCAAAUUGUGCCCAGAAACAGAAAGGAGUACAACUUUUUUUACAAUGGGCAAUGAUGCAAGGCGUUGCAAUGCUUCUACAGAAUCGGUAUCAGCGCCAGAGGCUCUAUACCCGUAUUGCAUUGGGAAAGGCCAAGAGAAUGGAUGUCGUUUGGGGAGAAACUGCUGGUGUGGAUGGCCAACUGUGGCUGUUGUAUCCUCUGCUCUUCAUUUUGCAGGGUUUUGAGGCAUAUGUUGGAUUUUUGUUGCUGAAGACUGCAUUUGUUGGGGUUGUCUCUGAAUGGCAGGUAAUAUUUUGUGGAGUCCUUUUCGUUGUGAUGGCAGUUGGGAACUUCACAAACACGGUGGACACUCUCAUGGCAAAAUCAAGGUUUAAGGCAAAGAUGAAAAGAAGUAAGAGCAAACCGGAAUUGUAAUAGUGCCUUCUUAAUUGUUAGGAUUACUCUUUUUGGAGCUUCUUAGGAUCUCAUUGUCGAUACUUUUUUUUUUUUUUCUGGAUCAUAGACUUGUAUGUUGAAACCCGGGAAAUAGAAACUUCUUGGUAAGGCUUCAUUUUUGACAAUCACUUUCCUUCCACAUGAACAGAAAGAAAGCUUGAAAUUAGUAAAGCUAUUGAUGGUGAUUUGCAUAGCA